AGGUCAUGAAAGUUGUACCCACCCACUCACCGAAGUUACCAAGUAGCAGCCAUGUUGCUUCUAGGGCAGAAACUCCUUCACAUUCAUCAUCAGUAGAAGAUAAAGAUGAGGUUUCACAAGAGGAUUUCAGUUUGCAACAGCCCUGUAAUGCUGAUGAUGUUGUUGAAAAAAACAAGUACAUUAUUCAUAAUAGAGAGGAAAGCCAAGAUCCCACAGAAAACCUUCACAGUAACUCUCAGUUGUGAGUGCAGUAUUAUCUGUGAUCAGUGAUUUAAAGAUUGCCAAAGUCUUUAAUCGUAGGAUCAAGAAUUUAUACUGAUUUCUAUAGAAUUGAGACUUCCUAAUCUUCUUUUCAUACUAUAACUAUUUUAGACUUUCCCCAUAAAGACAAAAAUGUUUUAGGCAAAAUAAUAAGUGGUAUGAUUUUCGUUUUAAUUAUUGUGUUGUAUGUUGAAGUACCUGGAAUUGUUUCUAAUAUUAAUGGAAACAUGCCCCUGAAAUUGAGGUUAUUCCAUCCUGCGUGAAAAGUUGAAUGUGUAAAUGAUAUACAGUUAGCAUGUUUUCAUCUGUUGCUUACCUUUGAGCUUGCAAAGCAAGAGUUUUUGUUUGAUGUAAUAUUUGGAAAACUGUAACAUAUUGUGCCAUUAAACUAUUUCUGUUUAAAUGAUCAUUGACUUAUAAAGUUAUUUAUUUUGUAAUGAAUUGUAAUUUUGCCAUUUUUGUAUGGGAAUUACAUAAGUUUAAUUUUGAUUCCCUUAGUAUAGUUUAUAAUUUUUAUUCCCUUGAGCAUAGUUUAUUUCUCUACAAAUAACAAAUAACUGAAGAAAAAAAAUUGUAUUGCACCUAUAAAACUUAGUAAACCAUAUUUUUUUUGCAUUAGAGAGAGUAAAGAUUUUGUGAUGCGUUAAAGUUAGGUUCUGUGAUCUUAAAGGAGCAUUUCUCUUUAGGUACAGCUUAAUUUUUCAGGUUCCAGUGUGAAUGGGUUGAUAUUCAAAAGCAGAUCUCAAAAGUUGUAUGAGUUUUUAGUCCCAGUUCCAUUACCUCUUAUUUAAUAAUGGGAACAAUUUUUCACAUUUGCUCAGUACUCUAUAUUUUCAAAGAACCUAAAAAAUGUAUGUAUGCGAGAAGCAGGAAAAUAAUGUGAAUUAUGCUGGUUGUUUGCAUAGACAAUUUUGAAAUGACAUUAAUGUUGUCAUGGAGGGGAAAAUAACUUCUUGAGUUGCUAAUAUCUUGCAUCUUUGAAGAAUUAGAAUUUAUUUUCCCAUUUGCAAAUGUAUUAGAUCUUUAUAAACAUUGUAGUGUGCUAGUGUAUGUCUGAAAUAUUUCUGGUGUAUGCAGUGUUCGAAAUCAGUUUGAAUUAAAUUUUUCUUAAUGGGUAAGUCAAAUUCAGCAAAAAAAAAAAAAAAAAUUAAAUUGAAGAUCAUUUUGUUGAAGACCAUUUUAAACCCUUCCAGUACUUGGUUUUAGUAAAUACCAUGGAAAACUAUUAAAAGGCAUGUUGAGAAACUGUUUAGUUAAUUUUAUAUAAAGCAAUAUUGUUAUAUGUAUAAACUAUAGGUGUUCUUGUCACCAUCUUGUAAAUUUGUUUUCAACUAUUAAAAUGUUUUCUCAGU